AUGUCCGGUACAGACAACAAUUGUUCCCCCAUCACCAGCCAGCCGCCCCACCGGCGGUCGGACGCCUUCUCUAUUGAGAAGUUGCUGGCGUCCAUUCCGUCGACCGGCGGCAGACAAUUCGCGCCCUCGCACGGAUGCUACGACGGCGCCGGGGCGGCGCCGGCGACGACUGACGCGGACGACGCCACGAGGGCGGCGGCGGCGGCGGCGGCGGCCGUGCGCGAGAGGACGUCCAUCGCGACGGCGGACUCGUCUUCCGAGGUGGCCUUGGACACGGGGGCGGCUGCCUUGAACGCUUCGGAUCUGCCAGGCGUCGUCUCUACCUCCGAGGAAGGCGUGGACCCAGUGCAUCAACUCUGUACGGGUCAUCCCGCCUCCAGUUCCCCGUCCGCCCUCCUCGCUUUUCCACUUUCCGCCUUGUGGCGUCGGUUAGUUUCUCUGCCCGUGGGUGGCUUGGGGCCCUGUCCGGGGCCUUUGUCCGGUCGCGGUCUGCGCGCCGCUUGGGUGCCCCGGCCGCUCUGCGGGCUUCGGGUUUUGCCGCGGAAUGCCCGGCGGCCGUCCCCGGACCGGCCGCGCCCCGGCGGGUUCUGCCGUGCCCCGCCAGCGGACAUUGGGCCGGGCGGAGCAAGGGCGGGCCGCCGGGUCCGCCCGUGA